UAACUUCAACGAAGUUCUAAAAUAAUAACUAACUUGAAUUUAUUUUUGUUGGCAAAAGUAAAUGAAGUUCUAAAAUGGCGAAAUGCAAAUGGGAACCGAACGAAUCACACUAAUCAAUGAUUCACGUGUUGCGUUAAAUUCAAUUUGAAGAAAACUAACAAAAGAGAUUCAUUCAAUUUCAUUUCUGUUUAUACACUUCACUUCACCACUUUGGCGCCAGCCACAAUUCCUUCAGAUUUCAACUCAUUUUCUUUCGGAUCUAAACCCGAAUCCGAUAAUCCAAACCAUUCCGAUAUGGACGCUGUCCCAGAUCGGACCCGGUCCAGCUCACCAAGUUCGCGAACUCCGAACCAUUCUCCGAGGCUUGGUCCGAGCCGCCUCUCCAGCUCCCGCACCAGAUCAUCAUCUUCAUCUUUAUGGUAUCGAAGAAAACGAGCGAAAUUGGUUUUGGCACUUAUCGCGUUACUUGCUUUGUUUUUCUUUGUGAAUUAUAUUAUGCUUCUUCGUCUUCAACAUCAACAGGAUCGUCCCAAUCCUAAUCCUAAAUCAAAACUUUCAAUUUCCCUUCAGGGAAAAUGGAACAAGAAUAGUAAUAGUAAAACAAACCAGAAGGGAAAUUAUGCAAGAAUGUUGGCAUUGGCUGCACAUGCCUUAGCAGAGAACAAACGUGAACCAAAAGAUUUGUGGCAGGAACCUUUGGUCCCUGCUUCUUCUUGGACACCAUGUUCUGAUCAGCGAAGUUGGGAACCUAAUGAGGGAAAUAAUGGAUACAUUUUGGUUACUGCAAAUGGUGGGAUCAACCAACAACGGGUAGCUGUUUGUAAUGCUGUUGUUGUGGCCCGGUUACUCAAUUCAACUUUGGUUAUCCCCAAAUUUAUGUACAGUAGUGUAUGGAGAGAUACGAGUCAAUUCAGAGACAUCUAUCAAGAGGAGCAUUUUAUUAACAACCUGAUUCCUGAUAUUCGGAUAGUGAGGGAACUUCCAAAAAAUCUACAGUCUUUGGACUUGGAGGCAAUCGGCAGUGUUGUGACAGAUGUUGACAUGGGGAAGGAGGCCAAGCCGAGCUAUUACUUGAAACACAUCCUGCCUAUUAUACUUAAAAAUCAAGUUGUUCACUUUAUUGGAUUUGGGAAUCGCUUGGCAUUUGAUCCAAUACCAUUUGAGCUGCAGAGACUUCGUUGCAGAUGUAAUUUUCACGCCCUGCAAUUUGUUCCCAGAAUACAAGAAACCGGUGCUUUGAUUCUUAAGAGGUUGCGCGGGCAGUCAGGUCUUAUUGGACCGUUGGAUCGGCAUCUUGUUGGUUCAUUUGGAGAAUUAAAUAUGGAGAAGAGUGAAAAAAAUUCCAAGAAAGCUUCCAAAUACUUGGCUUUACAUCUCAGAUUUGAAAUUGACAUGGUAUCUCAUUCUUUAUGUGAAUUUGGGGGAGGUGAAGAAGAGAGGAAGGAAUUGGAAGCAUAUCGCGAAAUCCAUUUUCCUGCACUGGCACUGAUGAAAAAGACUACAAAAUUACCUUCUCCUUCAGAGCUCAGGGAGGAAGGGCUGUGUCCCCUGACACCUGAAGAAUCCAUCCUUAUGCUUGCUGCUCUUGGUUUUAACCGCAAGACAAACAUAUUUGUAGCUGGUUCUAAUUUGUAUGGAGGUCGCUCACGGUUGGCUGCUUUGACCAGCCUGUACCCUAAAUUAGUCACCAAAGAGAACUUGCUUUCUUCAGCAGAACUCGAACCAUUUGCUAAUUAUUCAUCUCAGUUAGCAGCACUGGAUUUCAUAGGCUGUGCUGCCUCGGAUGCAUUUGCCAUGACUGAUUCAGGAAGUCAGCUAUCAUCUUUGGUGUCUGGGUAUCGAAUAUAUUAUGGUGGAGGAAGAAUGCCGACAAUACGUCCAAAUAAACGCAGACUUGCUAGUAUAUUCACGAAGAACUCAACAAUAGAAUGGCGUAUUUUUGAACAGAGAAUGAGGAAAGCAGUCAGGCAAACUAAACAUGUACAGACAAGGCCUAAGGCUAGAAGUGUUUACAGAUAUCCUCGGUGUAAAGAAUGUAUGUGCAGGACAAUUUGAUUUUUUACAUUAGCUUAACUGUAAUUGCCCAAUGUAAUUUGUAACAUUUUUAAUCAUUACUGCGACUCAAUUUUUUUCUUCGGGCCAAAUUGAUUAAUCCGUAGGCUGACUUUGCAUGGGAUUUAUUUACAUUAUUAACAAACAAAGCCUAAGGCAAGAGGUGUUUACAGUAUCCCAGGUGUAAAGAAUGUUUGUGCAGGAUAAAUUAAUUAAUUUAAAUUAGAAUGCUCA